CCGCCAGGCUCUGCAAUCGCUCGUAGAGAUCAUCGCUUUGCCCAGGCGGUUGUGUAGAUCCAACUGGAGACAGGGCCCAAACCAUGGCGGAGAAGACUCAAAAGAGUGUGAAGAUUGCACCUGGAGCAGUUGUGUGCGUAGAGAGUGAGAUCAGGGGUGAUGUAACUAUAGGACCCAGGACAGUGAUCCACCCUAAAGCACGAAUCAUUGCGGAAGCCGGGCCCAUAGUGAUCGGCGAAGGUAACCUAAUAGAAGAACAGGCGCUCAUUAUAAAUGCUCACCCUGAUACCAUCACUCCUGAUACCGAAGAUCCAGAACCCAAACCUAUGCUCAUUGGCACCAAUAAUGUGUUUGAAGUUGGGUGUUAUUCCCAAGCCAUGAAAAUAGGAGAUAAUAAUGUUAUUGAAUCAAAAGCAUAUGUAGGCAGAAACGUAAUAUUGACAAGUGGUUGCAUCAUCGGGGCCUGUUGCAACCUGAACACGUUCGAAGUCAUCCCUGAGAACACAGUGAUCUAUGGCACAGACUGCCUUCGUCGGGUGCAGACUGAGCGACCACAGCCCCAGACACUACAGCUGGAUUUCCUGAUGAAAAUCUUGCCAAACUACCACCACCUAAAGAAGACUAUGAAAGGAAGCUCAACUCCAGUUAAGAACUAAGAACAAUAUGUGACAUCAAGAUAACAUUUGUCUUUGACCACUCUCUUUUGAAAGAGCCAGUGUUUAUGCACUCUUAGCAGUCCACAGAAUAAUACAUGUUAACUUGAUCUUGUAAAAUUGAGUUAGGAAAGUAAUAGAUUUUCAUUGUAACUGUCCUCUAUAAUUUAUAUAAAAUGUAUUAUUUUCUGAUGUCCUUGUCCCAUUUCUGAUAAUUUACAGAGUUUUUGUUCUGUGUUGUUUUGUUAUAUAAAAUGUUGGCCAUGAAUUUUAGUUAUAUGAAAGACUACCCAUGAUAAGAAAGAACAUACUGUUAUGUAUUUAUAUUCUGGCAUUUACUAAACUAAAUAAAAAUGUUGAUGAUGACAGGACUUUUAGUGAAUAUACUUUAAUCAGUUUUUCUACUUGCAUGAACUUUCCCAAAAUAGCUCUUUUAAUUUUUAUUGUGUACUAGCCGUAUAUUAAAGCUAAUGUGUUU